CACAGUGGGCCGGUUCGAGCCUUCCUUCGUUCGAUUCAGGCAGGCUCCUCUAUUCGUUUUACAUGUAGCAAGCAGGGUUGCGGGGUGCAGUUCAGACAUGGGAAGUGAGCAUUACUGCCUGAGGUGGAACAAUCAUCAGAGCAACUUGCUGGGUGUGUUCAGUCAACUGCUGGAGUCGGAGUCGCUGGUGGACGUGACACUGGCGUGCACGGAGGGACCGUCGAUACGCGCACACAAGGUAGUCCUCUCCGCGUGCUCCAGCUACUUCCAGGCCCUGUUCCUCGACCACCCGAACCGCCACCCCAUCGUCAUCCUAAAGGACGUACGUUUCGCCGAGCUACGUACCCUCGUCGACUUCAUGUACAAAGGCGAGGUAAACGUCGAGUACUGCCAGCUAUCGGCCCUCCUCAAGACAGCGGAGAGCCUCAAAGUUAAGGGUCUAGCGGAUAUGACGAAUAUCAACGCGGCGGUAGCAUCUAGGGAAGAGCAGCAGCAGCAACAACAACAGCAGCAGCAACAACAGCAGCAGCAGCAACAACAACAACAACAGCAGCAGCACACAAGUGGCUCCGACACGUCGCGGGAGCAUCAUCGAGAAAGAGAUCGGGAACGAGAACGAGAACGAGAUCGAGAUUGCAUAAAAGAAGCGAGCAGCAAAGACAGGGAACGAGAGUCAAAUGUCGUCCCCGGGAUGUCGAGCGGUGCUAAGGAAUGUGAGCAGCAGCAGCAGCAGCAGCAGCAGCAACAACAACAACAACAACAACAACAACAACAGCAGCAGCAGCAACAGCAACAACAAUCGAGUAGUGUCGCUCAGAAUACCCCCAGCGAGUCCGCGGAAGCGGUGGACAUGACGGAAUGUCCGCCGUCGCCCGCUGGACCCGGCAGUCCGUGUCUGGGACCGCUCGCCCUCGACCGGCCCAGGAGGGACUCCGAGGACGCGGCGAGCAUCGAGGAGACGCGGGCCGGUUCCCUCAGCCCGAUCUCGGUACACAGCGGACCAUCCGACAUGAGCCUCAGCAACAACACCGGCGGCGGUGCGCCCGGUGGUGGUGGUGGUGGUGGUGGUAGUGGUGUGCUGCCGUUGAAUCUGCCGCAGAGCCGGCUUCCGUCCCCGCAUAGUACCGAGCCCCUCGCCGGCCCGUCGGGUUUACCCCCGGUCCAGCAAGUUCCGCUAUCCCUGAAAAAAGAGAUGGACUGGGAAAGGUCGACCGAGGAGCGAAGCGCGAGCAGCGAGAUAUCCACGGACUACAGACUCCCGCCAGAUCCGGAGUUGAUGGGUGUGGAUGAGCGGGUGUUUGCGUGCAUGUACUGCGGUGCCUCGUUCCUCCACCAGAGCAAGCUGACGCGGCACAUCCUCUCGCACAGCCUCGAGUCGCUCAAGUACCGCGAGCAGGCGGCCCACCUGCAGCUGCAGGCUCAGCUGGGCCUCGAGCCCGGCAUGCACCUGCCGCCUGAGGCCCACUACCCUGCCGCGGGUACGAUCGAGCCGAUGGACUUCGAGCUCGCGGCCCACUCGGACCCCACCUCCGGCGUCGUUCUCUGCAAGUUCUGCGGCAAAUCCUUCCCGGACGUCGGCUCGCUGAUCGCCCACCUACCGGCGCACACCGGCGACCGGCCGUUCAAGUGCGAGUUCUGCGGUAAGGCGUUCAAGCUGCGCCACCACAUGAAGGACCACUGUCGCGUUCACACCGGCGAGCGGCCGUUCCGGUGUACGCUGUGCGGCAAAACCUUCUCGAGGUCGACGAUACUCAAGGCCCACGAAAAGACACAUUAUCCGAAGUAUGUGCGCAAGUUCCUGUCCCCGAGCCCCGUGGACCCCUCCGAGGAAGAGGCCCCGCCGCCGCCACCGCCGCAUCAUUGA